GGCGGGCAGAGGAGGAGAGCCAGGAAAAACACCAUGGCUGAGCAGGUGGCCCUGAGCCGGACCCAGGUGUGCGGGAUCCUCCGGGAAGAGCUGUACCAGGGAAAUGCCUUCCACCAGUCCGACACGCACAUAUUCAUCAUCAUGGGUGCCUCGGGUGACUUGGCCAAGAAGAAGAUCUACCCCACCAUCUGGUGGCUGUUCCGAGAUGGCCUUCUGCCUGAAGACACCUUUAUCGUGGGCUAUGCCCGUUCUCGCCUCACAGUAGCCGACAUCCGCAAACAGAGCGAGCCCUUUUUCAAAGCCACCCCAGAGGAGAAGGCGAAGCUGGAGGAGUUCUUUGUACGCAAUUCCUAUGUGGCCGGCCAGUACGAUGAGCCCGCUUCCUAUGAGCGCCUCAACAACCACAUAAACGCCCUCCACCAGGGUGCCCAGGCCAACCGCCUCUUCUACCUGGCCCUGCCACCCACGGUCUAUGAGGCUGUCACCAAGAACAUCAGCGAGUCCUGCAUGAGCCAGAUAGGCUGGAACCGCAUCAUCGUGGAGAAGCCCUUUGGGAAAGACCUGCAGAGCUCCGACCGCCUGUCCAACCACAUUGCCUCCUUGUUCCGUGAGGACCAAAUCUACCGCAUCGACCACUAUCUGGGCAAGGAGAUGGUCCAGAACCUCAUGGUGCUGAGGUUUGCCAACAGGAUCUUUGGCCCCAUCUGGAAUCGGGACAAUAUCGCCUGUGUCAUCCUCACUUUCAAGGAGCCCUUUGGCACCGAGGGCCGUGGGGGCUACUUUGAUGAGUUUGGAAUCAUUCGGGACGUGAUGCAGAACCAUCUCCUACAGAUGCUGUGUCUGGUGGCCAUGGAGAAGCCUGCGUCCACCGACUCGGAUGAUGUCCGUGAUGAGAAGGUCAAGGUCUUGAAGUGCAUCUCUGAGGUGAAGGCUGAUGAUGUUGUCCUGGGCCAGUACGUAGGAAACCCGAAAGGGGAGGGCGAAGCGACCAAAGGGUAUCUGGACGACCCCACAGUCCCCCGAGGUUCCACUACAGCCACCUUCGCUGCAGUCGUCCUCUAUGUGGAAAACGAGCGAUGGGAUGGUGUGCCCUUCAUCCUGCGCUGUGGCAAGGCCCUGAACGAGCGCAAGGCUGAGGUGCGGCUGCAGUUCCGCGACGUGGCUGGGGACAUCUUCCACCAGCAAUGCAAGCGCAACGAGCUGGUCAUCCGUGUGCAGCCCAACGAGGCCGUGUAUACCAAGAUGAUGACCAAGAAGCCUGGGAUGUUCUUCAACCCUGAGGAGUCGGAGCUAGACCUGACCUACGGCAACAGAUACAAGAAUGUAAAGCUUCCUGAUGCCUAUGAGCGCCUCAUCCUCGAUGUUUUCUGUGGGAGCCAGAUGCACUUCGUGCGCAGUGAUGAGCUCCGGGAGGCCUGGCGCAUCUUCACCCCACUUUUACACAGGAUCGAGCGGGAACAACCUCAGCCCAUUCCCUACAUCUACGGCAGCCGAGGCCCUACAGAAGCAGAUGACCUAAUGAAGAGAGUGGGCUUCCAGUACGAAGGCACCUACAAGUGGGUGAAUCCCCACAAGCUCUGA